GAACGAACACACAGACCUCUGAUCAUGCUUUUUUAGGAAAAAAAAAAAAUGAAGUCAUUCAUUGGUUGAAACAAAACACAGCAGGGUAGAUGCAGCACGAGCAGCUGCACGAAUGUACAGUUGAGCUUCAGAUGUGGAAACAGGAAACAAGCGAAAGACGGGUGUCAACCUGAAACCUGCGUCUAUGAAGGCAUCCUUGGUUAUUAGGCGACACCAGGGCGUCUGUCAUGGAGAUGCGGUCUUCCACAGCAAGGCGGCGAGCCUGGAUAGACAGCACCCGGAAGUUGUCCACCCAAGAAGACCCCAUCACACUGCCGUGGCAAAGUUCGUGUGCUUCUUUUGCUGCUGAUGAUGACGUCUUCACAGCAGGGUGUUUGACUGGAAAGAUUGAAACAUGGCUGGAGGACUGCAGGUCCGACGGCAGCACCGAGAACACUGGUCGUAGUUUCGAGUUCCGGUCCAACAACAGCAGCGAGGAGCUCUGCCUCGGCUUCGAUGCUGCAGAGUUGGAGACCCAAGACCUGAGAUCAGGCUCCGGCUGUGUUCGUCGGACAUUUCGGCUGCCAUCCUUGAACUUGGGCAACAGUUUUGCUUCCAGCUGCAAUUCCGCCAACACCUUAGGAACAGUAUCAAGUGUGUCAGAGGUGCUGCACUUGUGCUCGGAGAACGCAGAGACCACUCUCUAUGAGCUGGGUUUCGGUUGUGAUGAGCCCCAGGUCGCCGUCCGCAUCCCUCCGCGCUUCUUCACCUUCCCCUCUCAGGCAAAGGGCAUCAACUUCCGCCUCUUCCUGGACUCGCAGCUGCAGCGGAUACGAGAGGAGGACCCUAGUUUGUGUAUUGCUAGCCGGUUCAGACAGGUCCAAGCGCUCACAGAGACGGCCAACGCCUUCUACUCCCUGUACUCCCACGUGUCUCGCACUCCUGUGCAAAAACUGGCGACACCUGAAUUCACCUUCCCGUCGUCUCCGCUGGAGAGGAUGGAGCGCUUCAGGAGCAGCGUUCGCAGCGAGCCGCGUUCCCCAGCCGAGCGACUGAAAGACACCGUCUCCAAGAUGUGUCUGUACACAAAGUCUCCUCAUGGUUCGGAGUCCUGCACUCCACAGGCCUCGCCCCAGAAGAGGUCCAGCCUCUCUGAUUUUGUGGAGGUCGUCCUCGACAAGUCCCAGACUCGGGCAGCUAAAAGACUUGACUUGAACUUUGAUGAUAAUGAUGCGGAUAUUGACAGGAACUCUGAGGAUGACGAGAGUUUUCUGGAUACAGGAAACUCAGGCGAGUCUUUGUCAUUAUCAGGAGAGACGGUGAAGGACAUGAAUCUCAGUCAAAGUCGGAACCAAAGAAUACCGGUCGCCAGGGUUGCGCAAGAUGUGAUCUGUCGUCAGAUCGUCGAGACGGUCCACCAGGAACCUUUCUGUUGUAUGCAUGCGUCAAACAUGAGAGACACGGCUUCAUCCAGCAGGUCACUGGAGAAGGAAAGCCAGGUACCGCAGCAAAAUAAUGCCAAGGAGUCACAUGACAUUCCAGAGAAGCUACUUCCUGUCCAAGCCUGGAUAGGCGGCUCCACUGGUUGCUCAAUAUUUGUGACAGAUGAGGGACAAAUACUGCCUCAGUGCAGGAGCGCAGCCUCAGGUGAUUCGCUAGUUCAGACAUGUCAAGAGUCGUCCGCCGCAGGGAAAAUCCAUUACCUCAAUCCUCCAGAACAUGGGACCCUGAGGCCGAACCCGGACCACCUGCAGCAGGUCAACUCUUUCGAGCUGGAGGAGGUGAACAGCGCAGGAGAGGAGGAGUUCGGGCUCUCUGGAAUCCGUCGGUUGCUUCCUCGUAAGCAACAUGGAGGAAAGGUGACCAGGGGAGACAGUGCGCACUCGGACAGCAGUGGCUACGAAGAUGAAGACGCAAGUCACAUCAACAGACGCCCUCAUGAUGAUGAUGAUGAUGAUGAACUCACACUCACCUGACAACAGGCGUUCUCCUUUUCCAAUAAAGAAACACUUUUUGGUCACUCAGUGUAUGCCACCAACAUAACCGUCAUCAGCUGGUUGUAGUGCAUGACUAGAUAAGAUUAAAAAAUAUGUAUAUAUAUAUCUGAAUGACACACUGAAUUUUACCUUUGAGAAUAAAUGGAAGUAGCACUCUUCAGUAGUUCCUGCAAACAUUGAUCAUUUAUUUUCCUCCGCACUCCUCCAAAAAACCUGUAAUAAAAACUAUAAGUUGCAUUUGGCAGCAGCAAAUAACCAACUAAAAAUCAGA